AUGUCGGAUCUGCGCAGGCGAGUGCUGGAUAGAGUGUCAGCGUGCUCAGAAGAAGGAUUGACGAAAGUGCUCACCGCAAAUCUGGAAAGUAUCGAGGGCCUCCUCUCCAAGCUCACUGGCCAUGCAGCGGAGCUCACGUUCCCCUCCCUCAAGGCCCUGUCAUCGAAUAUCCCGUCUGGCAAGAUCUUCUAUUUCCAGGUAUCCGAUGGCUCACGCACGCACGUGCAGGAUCUGGUGAAGAGCGCAAAGGAACAGGGUAUCUUUCCGCUCCACGCGUGGUCGAACGCCUGGCACCCCGUGCCAUCAUGGACGAGGUUGAGGGCGUAG